AUGUUCCAGUGUCCCCCAGAUGGUUCACCCAGCCCCCAUGUUCCAGUGUCCCCAGAUGGCUCACCCAGCCCCCCAUGUUCCAAUGUCCCCAGAUGGUUCACCAGCCCCCAGAUGGUUCACCAGCCCCCAUAUGAGUUCACCAGCCCCCAUGUUCAGUGUCCCCAGAUGGUUCACCCAGCCCCAGAUAGUUCACCAGUGUCCCCCAGAUGGUUCAGUAGUCCCAGAUGGUUCACCAGCCCCCAUGUUCCAGUGUCCCCAGAUGGUUCAGCAGCCCCCCAUGUUCCAGUGUCCCCAGAUGGUUCAGCAGCCCCCAUGUUCCAGUGUCCCCAGAUUGUUCACCCAGCCCCCAUGUUCCAGUGUCCCCCAGACGGUUCACCAGCCCCCAUGUUCCAGUGUCCCCAGAUGGUUCACCAGCCCCCAUGUUCCGGUGUCCCCAGACAGUUCACCAGCCCCCAUGUUCCAGUGUCCCCUGAUGGUUCACCAGCCCCCAUGUUCCAGUGUCCCCAGACAUGUCCCCAGAUGGUUCACCCAGCCCCCAUGUUCCAGUGUCCCCAGAUGGUUCACCAGCCCCCAGAUGGUUCCAGCUCAGUCCCCAGAUGGUUCACCAGCCCCCAUGUUCCAGUGUCCCCCAGAUGGUUCACCAGCCCCCAGAUGGUUCACCAGUCCCCCAUGUUCCAGUGUCCCCAGAUGGUUCAGCAGCCCCCCAUGUUCCAGUGUCCCCAGAUGGUUCAGCAGCCCCCCAUGUUCCAGUAUCCCCAGAUUGUUCACCAGCCCCCCAUGUUCCAGUGUCCCCCAGACGGUUCACCAGCCCCCAUGUUCCAGUGUCCCCCAGAUGGUUCACCAGCCCCCCAUGUUCCGGUGUCCCCCAGACAGUUCACCAGCCCCCAUGUUCCAUGUCCCCAGAUGGUUCACCAGCCCCCAUGUUCCAGUGUCCCCCAGAUGGUUCACCAGCCCCCCAUGUUCCAGUUUCCCCAGAUGGCUCACCAGCCCCCAUGUUCCAAUGUCCCCCAGAUGGUUCACCAGCCCCCAGAUGAUGGUUCAGCAGCCCCCAUGUUCCAGUGUCCCCAGAUGGUUCAGCAGCCCCCAUGUUCCAGUAUCCCCAGAUUGUUCACCAGCCCCCAUGUUCCAGUGUCCCCCAGACGGUUCACCAGCCCCCAUGUUCCAGUGUCCCCCAGAUGGUUCACCAGCCCCCAUGUUCCGGUGUCCCCAGACAGUUCACCAGCCCCCAUGUUCCAGUGUCCCCUGAUGGUUCACCAGCCCCCCAUGUUCCAUGUCGCCAGACAGUUCACCAGCCCCCAUGUUCCAGUGUCCCCCAGAUGGUUCACCAGCCCCAGUGACGCCCCAGAUGGUUCACCAGCCCCCAGAUGGUUCACCAGCCCCCCAUGUUCCAGUGUCCCCCAGAUGGUUCACCAGCCCCCAGAUGGUUCACCAGCCCCCAUGUUCCAGUGUCGCCAGACAGUUCACCAGCCCCCCAUGUUCCAGUGUCCCCAGAUGAUGGUUCACCAGCCCCCAGAUGGUUCACCAGCCCCCAUGUUCCAGUGUCGCCAGACAGUUCACCAGCCCCCCAUGUUCCAGUGUCCCCAGAUGGUUCACCAGCCCCCAUGUUCCAGUGUCCCCAGAUGUGUCCCCAGGAUGGUUCACCAGCCCCCAUGUCCCAGUGAGCUGAGCCCCACACCAGCAGCAGUCGGGGGUCAGUACACCCCGCCCCUUUCAUCGCAUGUUUCCUGGUUCUACCACAUGCCAUUUUGGCCUGCCCAAAAAAG